AAACAGCUGAUCGGAAUGUGAACAACAGUUACUGAUAGCGUCCCAUAGACUUAGAGAUUUAGAUUCCGUGUCCACAUAUUUCAGCAAGACAAUCUUUGGGAUAUGAUAAAUCCGAUUUCUUAGUAAAACAUGGAUCGUCCUAGGCGGAAACGAAAGCAUACAGAACGUUUCAGAACCUAUACAACGGAAGUAAACGAAUGGGAACUCACCACAGAAAUUAAAAUCGAACCGGACGACGAACCAGUUUUACCAGUAUUUUGUAGCCUGUGCAAAACAUCCGCUGGGGUGAAGCUAUUAGCGCUGUUUUCCAACAAAACAAAGAGUUCCAAUCCGGACAUUGCAGUUUCAAUUAAAGCUUGCGUCGGGUUAGAGAUCACACCGGAACUAGAGCCCCAAGCACGAAUUUGCCGUAAAUGCCUCAAUGAGUUGGAAACUCACUAUGCUUUCUGGAAGCGAGCAACACAGUGCAAUGAAUAUUCCCAAAACCGAAUCACCGAGGAAGAGGCUGAGGUAAACGGGGCCCAUGCGCAGCAGAUUCGUGUGUGUCGUUUCUGUCUAAAGAUUGGCGGGAAACUGCUAGAGCUUUAUCCAGAAAUUCAUAUCCCUGACAAUGACCACUUGGUGAAGAUUCGCAAAUGCUUGGGGGUGCCGAUUAACGCAAUGGACCCAGUGACGAAAAUUUGUCGUAAUUGCAUUCAAAGUAUUGAUAGGUUACUGGAGUUUCGACAUAAGCAUGAACCAGAGGAAGUAUUUUUCAAGCAGGAAGUUGAUACAGAAUUAUUCGGGAAGCUUGAAUGGACAGCUCACGGAGAAGCGACAACUAAAGUUAAGAGAGAAUAUCCAGAUCUCGAUCUGUAUGUGUCAGAUUCUGAUUGUUCCGUAGAUGAUCAAUCAGAUCCGUUCGAUGAUGGAAAUAUCAAAGUUCGAGGGGUUCGACCUGAAUUACUGCAGCUGCUCGGAACGGAUAUGGAUGGAAAGAAUUUUCAGAUACGAAAAUGUGAUGGCGGACUGUUGAUGGUGAUUUAUGAUGAAUUUCGAUUCCGAUAUUGUUCCGAAACACCAGAGGGUGGCACUUUGUGGGUAUGUGCUGAAACCAAACUAUGGAAGUGCCGCAUGAAGCUGCACAUUGACGAGUUAGGAAUCAAUGCUUGCGUGGAGCCGGGCGUUCAAAAGCACAGUCACCCGUUUAAGCUGCCAACGGUAAUGAACUGCCCCUCGGGGAAAGGGAUGACACUAUUCGAAGGAAAGAAAGUACCAUUCUGGCUAUAUGCUAGGCAAUUAUCAAGGUCUUUUCAUACGCGUAGCUUGUUUUUUGAUGGUAAUCGAUAUAGCUUGCAACAGUUUCGUCCCCACGGAGAUUGUAGUGUGUGGUACUGCGGCCGACGGCGUAAAGGUAAAUGUAUGGCUGUUAUUUAUGUUAACGGGGUAUUCCAGCGUACAGAACUCAAAGGAAAACACAAUCACGAGACCGUAGACGUAGAUGAGGUCUUUUCUCUUUUCAAGAAACGUGAUAUAGACACGGAAUCAACGGAAGUUAUAGACGCUUUUCAAGAGACUAACUCAAUGGAAAUUUUAGAAAACUGCUUGGAAGCGAGUGAACACUGUUUCGAAAGAAUCGCUAACGGACUAGAUGACAAACAAACAGUACAAAUUGAAUUGGAUGCUCUAACAAAAGAGCAAAAUCCUGAGAUAUUCAAGAUUUUUGAGCAGGAUGACCCGAAUCGCAAGUUUAAUGUUAUCAGGACAGGGGGAAAGUUCAAAAUUGCACAGAACAGCUACGAGUACCGAUAUUACGGUCGACUAAAGGAUGGGUCUACGGUUUGGAAAUGCAUUUUUGAUUCAUUGCGUCAUUGCCAAAUUUUGAUGCGAGUUUCUGUUGAUGGUAAGGAAAUGGUUCAUUUUAAAAUAGGUCGACACAGUCAUGGAAUUGAGCCUGAGAAGAUUUUUAGCGUACCAAUUGGAAAGCGGAUGAUCGGCGAAGAGCCACUCUGGCUGCUGACGCGUGUUUCGCUAUACUACGAAAGCCGAUUUAUUGUCUAUCGCGACUAUGUGUUUAUACUACAAGAUACCAACAAACGGGGAUUGGUACGAUGGUGCUGUUUAAAAAAAUAUGCAUGCCGUGCGUUGCUUAUUACCAGUUCGGAUCUAAAAAUGGUGUUACUGAAAACCGAUCAUUCUCACGAGAAACCACCAAAGGAAGAAAUUGCUGAGCUUCUUGAAGGUAAACAAAAAACAGAAUCACCAAUGGAAAAUCUUUCGUUUAAGCAAAAACUGUUGUCAUUCCCCUCAACAAAGGGUCAAAUUUGGGACGAAGAAAGUCAUGAGUACAAUCCCUUCUAUAUCCUAACAAACAUGUUUCGUACUAAGAGACAGUACGGAAUUAUAUAUCGUGGGUACAGAUACUCUUUUGGUUCUAUCGAUCAGAACGAAACCAGCACAUGGUUAUGCACUAGAAAUUGGGUAAAAAGCGAUUGUUGUAAGGCAACUGCCAUAGUGGAAGGUAUGUUUGAAUCUGUGUUCGCCAGUGUUCAGCACAACCACGAUGUGUUGCCUGAGUCCCAAAUUCAACACCUGAUCCAGCAAUGCAUAUUACGUCCGAUAUCCAACGAAAAAAAGUUGAAGGAGCUUCCAAAUCAGGAAGCUGAAGCAAGCAAUAUUUUGUCCAGUCUAGCUCGUUUCGAUCCAAACCGUAAUUUCGAGGUCAAACGAAUCAGAACCAAGCAAGUAAUCACCUACAAAGGCGAGAAUUUUCGUUUAAAGUUGCGCCAAGAUGAUGGCAGUAGCUUGUGGAGCUGUGUUUGGUCUAGAACUCGCAACUGUGUUGUUACUUUGAACCUGAAUGCCGAUGGAAAACAAGUAUUUCCAGUGGAUUCAAAAAAGAAGCACAAUCACUCGGGUCAACAAAUUGCCGCCUUUCUGCUACCAACAGGAAAGGCGUCGGUUUACGAUGAAGACAAAGAUGCAUAUUUGUCAUACUGGAUUUGGAACUAUCAGUCUGAAUACCGCACAAAUAAAGCUAUUAUCUACCAAGGCUACAAGUACACGAUCCACUUCAUAGGAAACAACGGAAAAAGCACAUGGAAAUGCUAUGGUGGUUGCAAGGUAUAUGCGCGAGUCGAGGGUGCUCUGGAAAUGAUAUCCGUUAAAAAUGAACACAACCACGAGCAAUUAACGGAUGAUGAAAUAAAAGCAAUAACUGGCACAGAUAUUGUUGAUCCAGAUCUUCUUCCUAGUAGUAAAACACUUCCCUCAUCAUCGUGUCCUUCUAAUUUAAGCAGUCCACUGCGUGCAUCAAAUUUACUGAGACGACUAUCUGUGCCUGACCAGGACCGAAACUUUGAAGUUCAAAUUCACAAAGGACAGAUGAAAAUCUUACAGGAUGGCUACGAAUACAAUCACAAAACCUCCAAACAAAAUCAUAGCUUAUGGAGAUGUAUUCACUCCUCCGUUCGCAGUUGUCGAGCGACCCUUCAUGUUGAUAACCGGUGCAAAACUGGAAUACUUCCAAAAAUCCCUAAACACAACCACUCCACUGAGCUGUGGGACAUAUACAAGUAUCCGCUGGGCGAAAGCAGUAUCAUGGACUCAUACUCGGAGGUGGUGAAACCGUUCUGGUUCCUUAUUCAACCGAGCUUCAUGCGGCCUCUCCCAAACAUCAUUUACGAUGGCCACCGAUAUUCACUAGAUUUUAUCACCGAAACCGGAGAUAGCAGCAAGUGGAAAUGCUCUGCUCAGCCUUGUCGUGUAAGACUCACUGUAACAGGUUUGUUCGAACUGGCGGCCAUCAAUCCACCUGAACAUGCCGAUGCACCGCUGACAGAGGAGAAGAUAGCCGAAUACAUUCGUUGCUUUGGGACGAGUUCCAGAAACACCACUUCUUUGGUUGAUUCGAUACCGUUUGUAGAAGUGAAGAUGGAAAAGACAAAUUUCGAUGCCGAGGAUGAAGAGCUAUAAGCUGUAAAUAAAACGUUCUUUUGAACCGGUUUCGAAAUACUUUUUGACUUUGAUACUUUUGGUGAAAAUGUAACGAUAUGAAAAAUAUAACCAAUUUGCCUUAUAA